CUCGCGCUGACAUCUACCAGGAAGCGCAGCAAGUUUCGCUGAUGUAUCGAAAAUAUCGAUUCUUUGAAAUAUAUCGAAAACGCUAUAGUUUCUUCACUUUCCCGCGUAAACUACAAUGAAAACGUAAGAGUUGUCGUGUGCACGUUGGGUCUUACAGUCGUGGAGAGUUUGCGAGAAUAUUUGUAAAUAAUAUUGCGUCAAAGCAGUGAAAUUAACCGGAGUAGAGAUGGAUAUUGAUCGAGAUCAAAGAUUAGAGGAAAUACAAAGAGAAUAUAUGGAUUUUUUAGAUGAUAUGGAAGAUCAAGGUAUUUAUACCACUCUUGUUAAAAAUAUGAUCGAGGAAAACGGCCGUCGAUUGUAUGUGAACAUUAACGAUUUACGAAAAAAGAAUCCUGCUCGUGCAGUAAGUCUGUUAAACAAUUCCUUCGAAGAGCAUCAAGCCUUUCAAAAUGCACUGAAGCAGUUUGUUGCAACCAUUGAUACAGAGUACGUCAAAGAGAAUGUAGAUUUUUUUAUAGCAUUUGAAGGAAGCUUUGGAAAUAAACACGUUACACCAAGAACUCUUACAUCACGUUUCUUAGGUAACUUGGUAUGUGUAGAAGGUAUUGUUACAAAAUGUUCUUUGGUACGUCCAAAGGUUGUGAGAAGUGUUCAUUAUUGCAAUGCAACAAAGACAGUAAUGGAACGCGCUUACACUGACUUCACUUCAUUUGAAGCAUUUCCACAAUCUGCUGUGUACCCAACUACAGAUGAAGAUGGUAAUCCAUUAGAAACAGAAUUUGGCCUUUCUACGUAUAAGGAUCAUCAAACAUUGACUAUUCAAGAAAUGCCAGAAAAAGCACCAACUGGUCAACUACCAAGGAGUGUAGAUGUUAUAUGUGAUAAUGAUUUGGUGGAUCUCUGUAAACCUGGAGACAGAGUUCAGAUUGUUGGAAGUUUUAGAUGUCUACCUGGUAAACAAGGAGGAUAUACAACGGGAACUUUCAGAUCGAUUUUAAUCGCUAAUAACAUUAUGCAGUUAAGCAAAGAAGCUAAUCUAACUAUUUCUCAUGAUGAUGUUGCUAUGUGUAAAAAACUUGCAAGAAACAAUCCUUGUAAAAAUAUCUUUGAAUUACUUGCUAGAUCAUUAGCACCUUCUAUUCAUGGUCAUGAUUAUGUGAAGAAAGCGAUUUUAUGUUUGUUACUUGGUGGUGUUGAGAAAUUAUUACCCAAUGGUACAAGACUAAGAGGAGAUAUUAAUGUUUUGCUCAUUGGCGAUCCAUCUGUUGCAAAAUCACAACUUUUGCGCUACGUUUUGUGUACAGCUCCAAGAGCUAUUCCAACUACUGGUAGAGGUUCAUCUGGUGUAGGUUUAACAGCUGCAGUUACUAUAGAUAAUGAAACAGGAGAACGUCGGCUUGAAGCCGGUGCUAUGGUAUUAGCGGAUCGUGGAAUUAUUUGUAUAGAUGAAUUUGAUAAAAUGUCAGAUAUUGAUAGAACAGCUAUUCAUGAAGUGAUGGAACAAGGGAAAGUAACAAUUGCUAAAGCUGGAAUACAUGCUAGCUUAAAUGCACGAUGUUCAGUGCUGGCAGCGGCAAAUCCAGUUUACGGAAGAUACGAUCAAUAUAAAACGCCAAUGGAAAAUAUUGGCCUCCAGGAUUCGUUGCUUUCACGUUUCGAUUUAUUAUUUGUCAUGUUAGACAUUGUGGAUUCUGAACAAGAUCAAAUAAUUAGUGAGCACGUUGUUAGAAUGCAUAGGUAUAGAAAUCCAAAAGAAAAAGAUGGAGAAGCACUACCUUUAGGUAGUAAAGUGGAUAUAUUAAGUACAAAAAAUCCAGAUCAAAUCUUGCCUGAUGAAAGUGAAACUCAAGUUUAUCAAAAAUAUGAUCCCUUAUUACAUGGAACAUUGCGGUCCAAAAGUGACCAAUUAUUAACUAUAAAUUUCAUGAGGAAAUAUAUUCAUAUAGCUCGUUGUAUGAAACCAAAGCUUACUGAAGAAGCUAGUGAAGUGAUUGCCAGCGAAUAUUCGAAAUUACGAUCUGAAGAAUCAGUAGAUUCUGAUGUAGCAAGGACUCAACCAGUAACAGCUCGUACUUUAGAAACAUUAAUUCGAUUGUCUACCGCGCAUGCAAAAGCUCGUUUAUCAAAAAACGUUACUGCAGAUGAUGCAUAUGCAGCAAUAGAAUUGGUAGAAUUUGCCUAUUUCAAACGAGUUUUGGAAAAAGAAAAGAAGAAACGAAGACGACGCGAUAGUGAAGAAAGUAUAGGCGGAGACGAGCAGAAUGAAAAGAAAAAAAAACGUAGCAAAAGAACUUCGGGAGAACAAGAUCCAUAUGAUUUUGAAAGUGAUGAUGACAGUCAUAUUGACGAAGCUGCCAAAAGAGUUACUAGAUCGCAAACGAAAACGACCGAUUCAAGUCAACCAGAUUCUGAUCAAACUGAAACUCCUGCAGAGUCAGAAACUCCUGCAAUUAUUACUGAAGAAAGGUUAAAGGUUUUUAGAACACUUCUUUAUAAGUUGUUUCAACAACAAAGAGCACAGUCACUUUCAUUAUCAAGAGUACGCGAAUAUAUUAAUAGUCAGCAAAGUCAAGAAUUCACAUCAAGUGAGAUUACUGCUGCAAUUAAUAAAAUGUCUGAUGCAAAUCAAAUUAUGGCCGCCGAUGAUAAUAUCUUUCUUAUGUAAAAUAUAUUUGAGAUUGUAAGUUACCCUGUAUUUUUUAGAUUAAGUAUAUCUGUAAAUUUGCUAUGAAAUAUUUUAGCGGAUGUCCACAUUUCGAUUAAAUUAUACUUUUAAA